AAGAAGGGCACAGUGCAGGCUGGCAGUCAGCUUUGACUUUAAAUAGACAGAGGUUUUACAAGGUGGAUGCUUGCAUUGGAAAAUGUCUGCCACGUCUGCUUUGUGGCGCUUGUGUGUCAGCUUGCUGUUCAGCACCUCUCUAAGCUGCUAUCAAUGCCUGGAUGAUUUGAAUUUAGGUCUUCGCCUGUGCUGGGGUCACAUGUUAACUGAGCAAGGGAUUAGAAAUGUUGGCGCCUGCUUCAGGAAGCUGGACCGUAUAUUCAACAACAAUGAGAGGGUGAUCGAGGCUGGCAGAGUGGGUAAAGGUUAUGACAAACAGCUGAAGGAGCUUUUGGAGGCAGAGAUCUUGCCCAUGGCAGAAGAAUUCGACAAAAAGGAGAAUGACGAAACAGUGUAUGAGGAAAGGUUGCAGACAGCAGCAGACAAUUUCAUCGCAGCUGCCUCCAAACUGCCUAGAGUCUCUGGAUGUUUCCCUCCAUGCGGUUUUCAGAGUGCCGGUGCAGUGUUCAACUGUGUUACCUGCCAUUAUGACUCCUGUGAAUUCCCUCUGGACUGUCCAGUCAAAGAAAUGAAGGCAAAGGAGAACAAAAGGAUCCAAAUGUGGUGCAAUGUGCCGUUCCACCUGCCAGUCGACAUGGAGGUAAUCUGGAGGUUUGCCGAAGAGGUGAACACCCAGCAGGUGGAUCAGUUUAACGAAGUGACUGCAGGGAUGGACAGGCUGUAUUCGAUCCCUUCAACCAGCCUGCAGCAUCAGGGCACCUACCAGUGUGAGAUCUACUCAGGCCGACGCUCCAUUGUGAGACUAUACUUCUAUCUUGCAGUGACCCCCCAGGUUGUGGAGGGCCACUCAGAGCUGCAGGAGAUAUUCGACCUGUCUCUGCUCCCAGGAGGGCGCUUAGUCCCUUCGCCUCCUCCUCUUCCCCACCUCCUCCUCCUCCUCCUCCUCCCUUCGCCACUGCUCCUCACGGCCUGUAUAACUGCUUUGCUGCUGCUGCUAUUCCUCUCCCUUGGGAUUCUCUAUCGGUCAUUAAAAACAAGGCAAUCAAGUCCUCCUGAACAAGUGGAUGAAGAUGAAGAUUUAUGAAGACAGAGUUACCAAUCUGCAUGCUGUGCAAUAAAGUAGUUUCAAUUUCAA